GAAUGACAUCUGAUCUGUCAACUCUUCACGAUCAAAUACGUCGGGGGUCGGCCUGUGUUUUAAGAAGUAAUAUCAAUUAAAUUGAAUAAAAGUGGUCCUAAUUGUGGAUCACUGAUUUAUACUGGGCUUUAUCAAAAAUUUAGUGACCAAAAUGAGUAAGCUAAUUCCCUCUGCCGCUAAACUUUUGUCCGGAAACACAAUCACAAAAGCGGCCACCCCGGUUGUAACUACUACGAAAGCAAAAUACAGCACUAAAAGUGAAGCUACGUUUGAGAUUAAGCCCUACAAACUCCACAAAUUGGACAAGGGCCCAGCUCAAUCAGCCACCCUCACAUCAGAAGAUGCCCUCAAGAUUUACAAGCACCUUGCCACGCUACGGAGGAUUGAGACUGCCGCCGGAAACCUGUAUAAAGAGAAGAUCAUCCGUGGCUUCUGCCAUUUGUACUCAGGCCAAGAAGCAGUAGCGGUGGGCAUGCAUCAAGCCAUGCGUGACGUGGACUCGGUGAUCACGGCGUACCGCUGCCACGGCUGGACGCACCUGCUGGGCGUCAGUGUGCUGGGCGUGCUGUCCGAGCUGACGGGCCGCCGCACGGGCUGCUCACGCGGCAAGGGUGGUUCUAUGCAUCUGUACGGAAGAAACUUCUAUGGUGGAAACGGAAUCGUGGGAGCUCAGGGCCCCCUAGGCGCGGGCGUGGCGUUCGCACACAAAUACAAAGGCGACGGCGGCGUCUGUUUCGCCCUUUAUGGCGACGGUGCCGCCAACCAGGGCCAGUUGUUCGAGGUGUACAACAUCGCCAAGCUGUGGGACCUGCCCUGCGUGUUCGUCUGCGAGAACAACGGUUACGGCAUGGGCACAAGCGUGGACAGGUCCUCGGCGAGCACGGAGUACUACUCGCGCGGCGACUACGUUCCCGGAAUCUGGGUCGAUGGCAUGGACGUACUGGCCACUAGGGAGGCUACGCGAUAUGCUAUCGACUACUGCACCCGUGGGAAAGGCCCGCUAGUAAUGGAAAUGGAGACAUACCGCUACUCCGGUCACUCCAUGUCGGACCCGGGCACGUCGUACCGCACCCGCGACGAGGUCCAAGAGGUCCGUCAAACCCGCGACCCCAUCACGUCGUUUAAAGAAAAGAUUAUCAACAACCAACUUGCGACCCCCGAUCAGCUUAAGGAAAUCGACGCCAAAGUCCGGACAGAAGUGGACGAAGCGACGAAGCAGGCCAAGUCGGAGCCCGAAAUCGGCGUCGAGGAGUUGUCCGGAGACAUCUACUGCAACAACGCGGAGCCCUACAUCAGGGGGCUGCACCCCGACGCGCCGCUCAGGCACGUCGAGGUCAUGCCUAGGAUGCGCAAUUAAACCUUCAAAUACGUAAUCAGUUGGGCCCAGUGACUACAAGUUCGUCUUUUUAGCAUUAGAAAAAAGGUAAACAAUCUUUUUUUGAAAAUUAGUAAAAAGGCUUUAAAAAAAUUUAGUCCGUAGCGGCAACAUACUUGCCAUCAUACUUAAUACAAAAACGAAUCUCUGCUAUAAGAAUGACGGUUCGAAAUCGAACGACUAGAAAGUAAUGUCAAAUCAGGCGUGGCUCACUCCGCGAUUUCGUCGCGUCGCUACAAGGACACGCGGUCCACACCAAUUUUGGUGUCUAGCCAUAGUAGUUGCCGCGCACCGCUACGGAACGGACGCCUGCUCGCGCUUGCGGUCAUAUCUGUCGUAAUAGACGCAUUUUGUGAAAGAGUGAACCUUCUGUAUUAUUUAUUCUGUGGUCAAAUGGUUAAAUUGCUUAUAAAAGCAAAAUAAUGUAAAAUAUCGUAUAUGGUUUAUAAUUGUUAAAUAUUUUUCAAAAGUGACUUUUAAUAAAGAAGACACGUAAAGAUCGCGUACCUGCUUUCUGAUGCUAAAAAAACGAACAUAAAAAGUGCGGAGGAAGGGCCUCUGACCUACGCCAUACAGGCUAUACUCCAUGGCACAUGCCCCAACUGACCAUUUAAAAUGGCAAAGACUCACUAAAGGUGGAUUGCUUCAAAGUUGCCGUCCUUUAAAAUGGUUUAAUAUUAACCGGUUAGUAGAGUUUUAUCUAACUGUUGUUUUUAAUUUCUAUUUUUCAUUCAACAUUUUAAGGUUAACCGGUUUUGAACCGGUAAAAUUUUGAAGCAACCGACGUUUAGCAAGUCAUUGUCACUAGAAAUAUCGCCUCCGUACAAAGCCGAGUUAGAUUACGACGAAUUCAAAUCUUAAGCAUAAUGAAAAGUAUGUUCAUCGAAUUUUCAUAUACGAAAACCAUUUUUCAACUGAAUUUCUACUAUUUUUAUUAAUUUUUUAAAUAAUUUAUAUUUACUUUUAUGUUUACUGCGAAGUUUAGUCCACGUUUAAAUAAUUUAAUGGUAAACAUAUGUGGUAUUUUCUAUAAAAAGGGACCUUAUUGUCGAUGGCGCUUAUGGCAUUAUAAACGAUGCUCCAAUAUAAAUACAAUGCCGCGCGACGCUAUGCGGCGUAAGCGCCAUCGACAAUAAGGUCCCUUUUCAUAGAAAAUGCCACAUAUAUCAAAUAAAAUCGUAAAUAAAUAUCGGCUUUUUACCUACGCAGAUACUUUUUGAUGGCACUUUAUUGUACAAAGCAUUAUUUGUAGAAGAAUUUUAUAGCAAAUGUGAUGAGUAAGUGAUGAAUACCGAAUAAAGUUUCGUAAAUCUUUGUUAUUGUAUAUAUGUAUAAAACCAUAUGUAUAUUUAGUUGGGAUUGAAGAUCUAGUGCUACAUUUUAGACAUAACUCUGGGUUACCGUACUUAGAAAUAGUUAAAUAAUCAACGAAUUAUUAAACAUAGCCUACGUUAUUUUAUUGUUUCCUACGUUAUGGUGAAUAGGACAAUAGCAUUUUUAUGAUUGUAUCCACCGUAAGAACUGCCAAAACGUAUCAUCAAUUAUCAAGGAAAGGCACAUGAUUAUUUAUUAUGUUGCACGUGUUGAUAUGUCUGUAAGGGUAAUUAAAUUAUUAAUAAAAAAACUAU